CCCAGACCCCGCCGCGCCCCGCGGCCGGCCGGGACCUCUUGGCACGGGGAGGCGGGGGGACGAGACGUCCGCACUUUGCUGUGUUGCAGGGGCAGGCGGCGGGGGCGGGGGGGGGAUAUUUGGGCUGGGGGGGCUGCGCCCCUGGCCCCAGGCCCGGCUCCCGGUCGCCUUUAAGGGCGUUUUGGGGGAGGCGAGGGGAGCGGGCUGGGCGUGUGCGCGCCAGGCUUGGAGCGCCGCGCCGCUGGGGAGAGGGGAGAGGAGAAGAAAGAGAGGGAAGGAGCGAGAGGAGGGAGGGCAGCGGCGGAAAAAGCCAGCCGGGACCCCUGUCCUCCCCAACCCCCAACCCCCCCCCGCGCCCCCCGGCUCCCCAGCGCCCGGCGGCCCCGCGGGUGCCCGGGGGUGAGGGGGGCUGGCGGGAGCGCGGCGCCCCUCCAUCGCCGGGGUCCCGCCUGCGGGGAGCGAAACCCUUUGGCUCUCCCCCUCCCUCCCCCCCCUCCCCGCUCCCUCCCUCCCUCCUUCCUUCCUUCCUUCUCGACGCCCGUCCUGGGGAGGGAGGGGGCAUCGCCUGCAGUCCGCCUUCACGCCUGCCCGCCUCGGCGACGCUGCGCCGCCGCGCGCCCCGGCCCCCCCGCACCCCCCUCGGAUGCGGGCGAGCGGCGCCCCGCAUGGAUUUCGGGAGCGUCAUGAGCCAGGCCGCGAGCCCGUGCUCCCCCGCUGUCAGCUAUGAGCUGCCGUCCCAGGGGGAGAGCAUCACGAAGCAGGUAGACACCCUGGAUGCCACCAAAUCCCCCAGGAGCGGGCAGUCACGCCGCAAAACAUCCAGGAGCAUGAGCGUGACUGCGGCCAUGGAGAGCAGCUGCGAGCUGGACCUGGUGUACAUCACGGAGCGGAUCAUUGCUGUCUCCUACCCCAGCGCAGCCGAGGAGCACAACCUCCACAGCAACCUCCGGGAGGUGGCCCACAUGCUGAGAUCCAAGCAUGGGGACAGCUACGUGCUUUUUAAUCUCUCUGAGCGGAGACAUGACAUCAACAAACUUCACCCCAAGGUGCUGGAUUUCGGGUGGCCUGACCUGCACACCCCUGCGCUGGAGAAGAUCUGCAGCAUUUGCAAAGCCAUGGACACGUGGCUCAGCGCCGCGCCUCACAACGUGGUGGUGCUGCACAACAAGGGGAAUCGUGGCCGGCUGGGCGUUGUGGUGGCUGCCUACAUGCACUACAGCAACAUCUCAGCCAGUGCGGACCAGGCUCUGGACAGGUUUGCCAUGAAGCGCUUCUACGAGGACAAGGUGGUGCCAGUGGGACAGCCCUCGCAGAAGAGGUACAUCCAUUACUUCAGCGGCCUCCUGUCCGGCACCAUCAAGAUGAACAACAAACCUCUCUUCCUCCACCACGUCAUCAUGCAUGGCAUCCCCAACUUCGAGUCGAAAGGCGGUUGUCGGCCCUUCCUGAAAAUCUACCAGGCCAUGCAGCCCGUCUACACCUCGGGGAUCUACAAUGUGCAAGGGGACAGCCAAACAGGCAUCUGCAUCACCAUUGAGCCCGGCCUACUCCUCAAGGGUGAUAUCUUGCUGAAAUGCUAUCACAAAAAGUUUCGCAGCCCGACCCGCGAUGUGAUUUUUCGCGUGCAGUUCCACACGUGCGCCGUGCAUGACCUCGACAUCGUGUUUGGCAAGGAGGAUCUGGACGAAGCAUUUAGAGAUGAUCGCUUCCCUGAGUAUGGGAAGGUGGAGUUUGUGUUCUCCUAUGGUCCCGAGAAGAUCCAAGGCAUGGAGCACCUGGAGAAUGGGCCCAGUGUCUCCGUGGACUACAACACAUCCGACCCGCUCAUCCGGUGGGAUUCCUAUGAGAAUUUCAACAUCCAGCGUGAGGACAGUGUGGAGGGCUCCUGGGCCGAGCCGCCCCUGGCUGGCAAACCCCUGGAGAAAGAGGUUGGGCACACGCAAGGGCCCCUGGACGGGAGCCUCUACGCUAAGGUGAAGAAGAAAGACUCCCUCCACGGCAGCAGUGGUGCCGUUAACACCAACCGCCUCCCGCUCUCAGCAACACCGAAUCAUGUUGAGCACACGCUCUCGGUGAGCAGCGACUCAGGCAACUCCACCGCCUCCACCAAGACCGACAGGACCGAUGAGCCGGGGGCGCCUGGGGCACCUGGUGGCCGCACGGUGCUGAGCCCCGAGGAGAAACGGGAGCUGGACCGUCUCCUUGUUGGCUUCGGCUUGGAGAGUGCAGCACCAAUGCACAACCAUGCACCGGGCCCUGGGCCCACUCGCUUGCCCGCCAUGCCGGGCCGCCACGUGGUGCCAGCUCAGGUGCAUGUCAAUGGGAAUGCUGCACCACUGGUGGCCGAGCGGGAGACAGAUAUCUUAGAUGAUGAGCUGCCCAACCAGGAUGGGCACAGUGUGGGCAGCCUGGGCACGCUCUCCUCCUUGGAUGGCACCACCACCACCAGUGAGGCUGGGUACCACGAGGCACCCCGCGUAGGGAGCCUCUCGUCCCUGCCCAAUGGCCCUGCAAGCUACAAUGGCACUGAGAAGCUGCUCAAAGAGGGGCUCUAUGAUGCGGAGCCACUCUCCAACGGUGGCUACCCCUACAACAACCAGAACACGUUGAUGGGGCAUCACCUCCGUGACCCACUGGCUCACCUGCGGCCUUCAGCAUCCACUCAGGAGAGCCUGGCUGGCUACCCACAGAGGCAGCCAGGCUUGCCUGCCCCAGUCUGGCACCAGCCCCCGCCACUGGCCAGUGUCCAGCCCUACUUGUACAACUACGACCCUCCUGGUGCCUAUCGCUCCCAGUCCUUCCCGACGGUGGACAUGGCCAAGUAUGAGACAAACCCCACACUGCCCCAGGCCCCAGCUCGCAGCACCAGCAGCCGGGAGGCCGUGCAGAGGGGCUUGAAUUCCUGGCAGCAGCAAGGCGGGAGUCGGCCGCCUUCCCGGCAGCAAGACGGUGGCUUGGAGAGCCACAGCCCAAGUGUGUCCAGCUGCAGCCCCCAGCCCAGCCCGUUGCAGCUCGUGCCCCCGCACAGCCACAGCAUGCCUGAGUUCCCUCGGGCACCCUCCCGCCGGGAGAUCGAGCAGUCCAUCGAAGCACUUGAUGUCCUCAUGCUUGACCUCGCUCCCACUGUGCACAAGUCGCAGAGCGUGCCUGUGACCUCCCGCGAAGACAAGCCAGGGCCCCUGGUCUCCUCACUGUCAGCCCAGCCUGUCUCGGGCCUCUAUGCCCAGCCGGCUCUGCAGGUGGCCCAGCCGAGGUCCUUCGGCACCUCCUUGAGCCCCACAGUCUCUGAACCUGUGCCCAAAGCCUAUUCUCCUGUGGGUCGAGGGGCUGGGGAGCCAGACUACAUGGUGCAGGAUUACCGGGAAACCUAUUCACCCUACAGCUACCAGCCGCCUCCGGUGCCAGAGCCGAGGAGUUACAGCCAUGCCCCAGCUAGUGCCCCAGUGAGUGUCAUCCCGCUGAGCACCUCGUACAGCCCUGCAGGAUCUCAGCAGCUCCUGGUCUCUUCCCCACCUUCCCCUACAGUCCCGGCACAAACCCAGCUGCCCCCCAAGGGACUGGAGAGUUACGAAGACCUGUCGAGAUCAGCAGAAGAGCCCUUGAAUCUGGAGGGCCUGGUGGCCCACAGGGUGGCAGGCGUGCAGUCUCGGGAGAAGCCCCCAGAUGAGAGCGCCGUCCCUGCCCGCAAGCGGCCCCCCAGCGAGAGCCACUAUGAGAAGAGCUCGCCGGAGCCCAGCUCGCCACGCAGCCCCACGGUCCGCUCGCCUGUGCACAGCGUCUCGCCCGAGGUGGUCAGCACCAUCGCAGCCAACCCCGGAGGGAGGCCCAAGGAGCCUCACCUCCACAGCUACAAGGAAGCCUUUGAAGAGAUGGAGGGUGCCUCCCCCACUAGCCCACCCCCCAGCGGCGGUGAGACUUCUCCCCCCACCUCAGCCUUCCCCGUCUCGCCACAAACCCCUUACUCCAACCCCUUGCGUUCUCCACCUGGCCUGGCCAAGACCCCGUUGUCAGCACUGGGGCUGAAACCCCAUAACCCGGCCGAGAUCCUGCUGCACCCGGUGGGAGAGCCGAGGAGCUACGUUGAGUCGGUGGCACGGACAGCCACGACAGACAGAGGAGGGAGCCUGCCGACCGUCCAGCCGGAGGCCACGGAAGCACCUACCAGGAACGGCAUCUUCUCCAACUCCUUCACCACCCCCAGCCCCAUCUCCACCAGCAGCCCCAUUCACAGCGUGGACGGAGCCUCCAUCCACAGCUACCCAUCGGAGGGCAGCCCCCACGGCACGGUUACGCCUCCCCACACCUCAGCCGAAUCUACUUACCGGUCACCCGUUGCCUCCCAAAUGCCCUCUGCUCACAGCAGCUACCAAAACUCGUCUCCCUCCUCCUUCGUCGCAGUCCAAGGUGGGGCCCCGGGCCCAGCGUACAGCAGCCCUGACUACCCCGACAGCCGUGGUGGCCUCCCACCGGAUCCCCAAGCUCGGCCACAGCCACAGGUUAGCGUGGUGGGGGUCCACACGCUGUCGGGGAGCCCCCGCACCCUGCACCGGACAGUGGCUACCAACACGCCACCCAGCCCGGGCUUUGGGCGAAGAGCGGUCAACCCCAGUGUCACGGGUGCUCCUGGUAGCCCUGGCUUGGGCCGGCAUGCUGUGGCAGCCCACAGCAACCUGGCCGUGGCACCGGGGAGCCCCAGCCUGGCCAGGCAUCAGGCCAUGGUGGCCGGCCCCCCCGGCAGCCCCACAUAUGGCUACACCACCCCGGAGGAGAGGCGCCCGACGCUGUCUCGGCAGAGCAGCUCCUCUGGCUACCAGCCUCCCUCCACGCCGUCCUUCCCCGUCUCGCCGGCGUACUACCCCGGCACCAGCACGCCCCACUCCUCCUCGCCGGACUCGGCUGCCUACCGGCAGGGCAGCCCCACGCUGCAGCCUGCGCUGCCUGAGAAGAGGAGGAUGUCGGCCGGGGACCGCUCCAACAGCCUGCCCAACUACGCCACCAUCAACGGCAAGAUGUCCUCACCCCUCUCCAGUGGCAUGUCCAGUCCCAGCGGAGGCAGUGCCGUGACUUUCUCCCACACCCUGCCGGACUUCUCCAAGUUUUCCAUGCCAGACAUCAGCCCUGAGACUCGUGCCAAUGUCAAGUUUGUCCAAGACACUUCCAAGUACUGGUACAAACCAGAGAUCUCCAGGGAGCAGGCCAUCACGUUGCUGAAGGACAGGGAGCCGGGGGCUUUCAUUAUCCGCGACAGCCAUUCCUUCCGGGGAGCCUACGGCCUUGCCAUGAAAGUAGCGUCCCCACCUCCCACGGUCAUGCAGCAGAACAAGAAAGGAGACAUCACCAAUGAGCUGGUGAGGCACUUCCUCAUCGAGACCAGCCCACGGGGUGUGAAACUAAAAGGAUGUCCCAAUGAGCCCAAUUUUGGGUGCCUCUCGGCUCUAGUGUACCAGCACUCCAUCAUGCCCUUGGCCCUGCCCUGCAAGCUGGUCAUUCCUGACCGAGAUCCUACUGAGGAAAAGAAAGAUGCAGCGUCAGCCACCAACUCCACCACGGACCUCCUCAAACAGGGUGCGGCUUGCAACGUCCUCUUUAUCAACUCGGUGGAGAUGGAGUCGCUCACUGGCCCCCAGGCCAUCGCAAAAGCUGUCUCCGAGACGCUAGUUGCCGACCCUACACCCACUGCUACUAUCGUCCACUUCAAAGUAUCCGCGCAAGGCAUCACCUUAACAGACAACCAGAGGAAAUUGUUCUUCCGACGACACUACCCCCUCAACACCGUCACCUUCUGUGACCUGGAUGCCCAGGAAAGAAAGUGGACUAAAACUGAUGGCAGCGGCCCAGCCAAGCUCUUUGGUUUCGUGGCCAGGAAGCAAGGGAGCACCACGGACAAUGUUUGCCACCUCUUUGCCGAGCUGGAUCCGGACCAGCCAGCUGCAGCCAUCGUCAACUUUGUCUCCCGGGUCAUGCUUGGCUCCGGCCAGAAAAGAUGAGCUGGUGCUCGCGGGUGAUUCUUGAAUUUUGGAGAAGGACUUGGAGCCGAUCUGAGAAGGAGUGCAAGGAAGUGCAUUGUGGGAGAGGGAAGUGAAUCAGAGGGGGGAAAGGGUUGGAAUUUUGGAGGAAAACAGCAAACAACAAAAAACACCAACAAAACUCCUAAGAACUUAACACAAACCAAACACACACAUAAAGGAAUGAAGACCACGCACCUAUGUAACAGAGCCACAGAGUUGCGCCAAAGGGGGAAGGAUGUGGAUGCAUGUCCCAUCGCAGGGAAGGUGAUCAAAGCGAAGCCAGCAGCGAGAGGUGCAUCCCCAGCUUUUGGCAUUGCGGUCCCGAGGCUGGACCAAGCAGUGAUGUUCACUCUGGACUGAACGCGGGAUUAUGACUGACUUGUCAUCUGGAAAAAAGAAGCCACCGGAAAACCCGCAAGAGAAGUUCCAUCCUGACAGCUCCGUUUGCAAACGUCUGUUGCGUGUUUGAAACCACCCAUAGGAAAUAAAACCCUGCCGGCACGUAAGCACCUGCAGAACAACGGAGAAGAUGCCCUUGGAAACCUUCCCUUGCCUGGAUGCAGCAGAGGGUCCUCAUGGGCCCCUGUGCUUCUCCCCAAACCUGCUCACUGCCUGGUGACUUGCUGGGGCACGUGAGGGCUUGGUCUCGAAUCCUCUUGUGCCCUGGGAGUUUGGCCUUGGGCUGAUUUCAGUUGCUAGCCCAGAACCCCGGCAGAGUCCAGGACUGGUCACAGGUGAGCGGUAUGAGUCCGCACGGAGAGGGGUAAUUGCAGCAUUUCCACACACCUCUACAGGUGUGCUUGUGCUCAGCCACAUGCCUGCCGCACGCGGCAUCGUGUCCGGGGACUCCAGCCGCUCUGCGCCUGGGAGAAGGCAAAUACACACCGGCAACUUUCUGGGUUGAUCUAGAGUCACCUCCUGUCCUGCCUUCCCUUUUUCCCUCCUGUCACUAGUCCUCUUUGGCAGUUUUCUCCUGCGGCCUGUCACAUUGUUCUCUUAACAAUAAGAAAAGGAAAGAAAAAUAUUGUAAUAAUAAUAAUAAUAAUAAUAAUAAUAAUAGUGGAUGCUGGCACAGGUGGGUUUUCUGUGCAAAGCAAUGGACCCGUGGCUAGCCCUAUCUCUCUCUUCAGAGAUGUGCAAGCACUUUUUAAAUUGCAUGGACGUUCAGUUGCAUGAAAGGCGAAUGACUACAAGUAACUGAGGCGCUUUUUACAUUUUAUUUUGGAGGCCAUGUUAAAAAAAAAAGGAAGAAAAUUAAGGAAAAAAAAAAAGGACCUGCAGUCACUGGGCAGCUUUGGCUUGGUGGGGAGGUAACAGGUCCUCCGAGAGCCAGCCUGCUCGGCCUGUGCAUCGCCCUGUAGUUGGCCCGCUGGAGGCUCACAUCUCCGAAAGUACUGUCGUUUUGCAGUGACUUAGGUGCCGUCGGCUUUUCCCUUUGCUUCAGGAGGUUCGUGCGGGGUGAGAGGGGGUGAAGGGCAAGCAGAACAACCGUCCCCUGAGCUGUGGCACCGGGUCUAGUGGUGGGGGAGCCCGCAGAGGUCCCCAGCCCCAUUGCAGUUCCCGGUAGGGUCUGGCUGGUGUUGGGGACGCAGGGAGCACAGAGUGUCCUGGUCACAUGUGCAGGUCUGGGGGCAGGAGGAAUAGUCUGGAUGGAGCCACUGGGUUAUUGAAAACAAGGGCUGAGCCCCCUGCUACAAGCAUCCCCCACUUUGAAGCCCCCCGAGCUGGAUGGGGAUGGCUGUGCCACCAGCAUCCCAACCUCCUGGUGUGCUGCGGCGGGUGCUGCAGAUGCAGCAACCUAACGGAUGGGCUCUGCAUGGGGAGCAGGAGCCAGGCAAAUGCAGAAGCCAAGAGCUGCUUCAGAGAAAUCUUCAGUGCAAAGUGGCCCAGAUAGGCUGUUGGGGGCAAAAAUUCGAAACAGUACUACAGCCCUGCAGAGCCCCCCGGAGAGCUUGCCUCCCUCAGACCGCCCUGGCCUUGAUAGCUAUAAUAUAUAUAUGGGCUAUGCUGACAAAAUAUUGUAAGCUAAUGAAAUUUUAAGGAGGAAAAAAGGUUCAAUUUACACUCCAAAAAUAUUUAGUUUUGCCAUAUUGCUUUCUGCGCAUCAUAUCUCCCCCAUUUUAUCCGCCUCCCCUCCUUUCCCUGCCCUGGGGAAACACCUGCAUGUUACGAGAAAAUCAAGAGCUGGGAAAAUGCGACCGGAGCAAACCUGCAGCUCUCGAGGAGGGUGAGCGACUUCGGCCCUUCCCGGGUGCAGGGCCCUCUGAGUCCUCCCCUUUCCCCUUUCGGCUCCCCCCGACCUGCUGCCGCUGGGAGCUGCAGAGCAUGCGAGCGGCAGGCGCGGCGGGCGGGCAUGCGUGUGACCGUGAGCGUGAGCGUGUGCAUGUGCGUGUGCGUGUGCGAGAGAGCGAGCGAGUGGCGUGGGCGUGCGGAGGGGGCUUUCGUUGCUGGAGACUUGUUAUAAGGCGUUGGAUAUGGAGUGGGGAGUUGGUUGCGAGACUGCGGCAAGAUGGGGGGCAUCUGGGGGGGGGCUUCCCCUCCUGCUGCUGCUCCCCAUCCGCAUGGAUGUGAGGAUCUUUUAAUUUUGACGUUUCAAAAGCGAUUCCCUCCUUCUGCGAAAUUCAAGCAAGAUGGAAAAAAGAAAUCUCACCCGUAAUCCCCUCACCCUGCCUUUAACCAAUUAGAGAAACACUGUGUUUAUAGAUAUAUAAAUAUAUAUUUUUGAAAGUCUCUAUUUUUCAGACUUCAUUUUCUCACCGCUAAGAAAGAAAAGAGAUGAUAAUAAUGUAAUUUUAUUUUAAUCUGCUGCCUCGGAAACCAGUGCUUGAAACUCCUAUUCAUUUUUUUUCUCUCCGUAAAAUGAAGCAGAAUAAAGCACCCCGGAGAUGUCACGUAUAAACCGACCACAGCAGAUACAUGCAGAUAACAUCACGCCUGCUUCGAGCUGUGACCCGCUCACAGCUUAAAUACUAACUCACUAGGUGAAGACAGAGAUUUAGACCACGUCCAAAUCUUGAACACUAAUAAAAUCGUCCGACGAUUAUAUAUAUAUUUUUAACACAGAGCUAAUCACCUUCCAGUGGCGUAGCCAGAUGUUUGUCAGCUACCUUUAAAGGCACUUUUCUUCUUUUAGCUCCUUUUUUUAAGUUACAUUAUCAUGUGUAACUACCCUUUCUGUCCCCAGUUCCCUGGAAGAGACCAUCAGCUGGUGUUGAGGGAUCGCUCAGGUCCCCGUGCCGACCGGGGCCCACAGGGACCUAGUACCAUGUUGAUAUUUUUCUUUACGAAAGGGACAGAAAAGAUUCUUUGGUUUUUCUUUGGUUUUAAAUGCAGUCAUGGUAUUUGAGAUUCGAGCUUGUGCGAGUUAAGCCCAGCGUAUGUUUCGUUGUAAUCACACUGCCGUUUUCAGCAGCCGGACGUUAUCUCUCUCACACACACAAAGAACUCACAUCCCUCAUUCAUGCACAAAGAACUGCAUAUAUUCUUGCCAAAGAUAUCCUUAAAAACGCACUUUUCCCCACAUAUAUAUAUAUAUAUAUAUAUAUUUUUGUGUGUGUGUAAAUUUAUCGUAUGUGCCCUUUUUAUGUCGGUUCAUUCUUCAGAGAACCCCUUUCCCACCCCUCUUCCCUUUGCUGUCGAUUUUGCUACCGGAAAUGCUCCCAAUGGAGGUUUGUUUGCUGCAUGUCCCAAAAAAGUGGGCGAUCUGUCACAGAGCUGACCCUGGGGUGGGGGAUCCUGUUAGCUGAGGACCAGCAAGGUGAGUGGUGCCUGGCCUUCUCUACGGCACGUGAGACAUGGGAUGCCCAUUCACGGCAUCUGCCUCCAGCUAUGGCACCUGGAAACGAUUUUGGGAAGCAUCUGUGUCACUGUGUGCUGAGGGGAUGUGCCGUGGACCCAAGCGGGUCCCAACUUCUCACAGUCUUUCAUGUGGGCGAAAGCAGCGAAAGGGGGAACUCAUUCCCCAUUCAUUUAGGCAGUCAAAUUGUGCAAAACUCGGGGUUGCUCUGGAUGCAACAGUUGCAGUGUGGAUCUCCCACCCGUGAGUGCAGGGAGUGGUCGGGCUGGCCUUGGCCCCCUCUGCCAGCCCAGGGCCAUGUGCCGGCUCGGCCCAGCCUCCCAGCGUUGAUUUUCUCAUCAAGUUUGAAAGACUGAACCAAAGGGCAAAGUGUGCUGGGGCUGAGCAAAUUCCCACCCAGCAGGUCGGGUGGGGAAAGGAACCAGUUGCCCCAAAAACCUGGACAGCAGCAGCAGCAACAAAAAGCAAAACCUCCCCAUUGGAGCAGGCAGGAAGGUCAGACAGCAAAGGAGCCCGCAGGGGCUUGUUUGAUUUUGUUCGUUUGUUUUGCAUAUUGUGAGGUUGGUUUGGGGUUACUAAUUUUUUUUCCUUAAAAAGGAAAAAAAAAAAAGGAAAAGGAAGCAACCCGAUGUUUCUGUUGGUGGAUCCUGUUCUGCCGUGUUACGCGUGUUAUUUUUGUUGUUUUUGUUGCUUUGGGAACGUUACAGAUUUAUUUGCUAAUCAGUGUUAAUGAACAGUUUAAAACUUUUAGACUUUCCCAUUUCUGUGUAUUUAUAUAGAUGGAAAAAUACGUUAUAUUUUGUAUCUUUGUGCCCAUAAUGUGGUCGCGUGUGUAAAGAUGACUUCAGUCACACCAUGUCCAUGUGCGAAUGUGACUCUGCUUUCGUCUUCCCCUUUGUACAGAUGUCUGAUUCUUUGCAGUUCAUUGUAUGGCUUUAUAAAAUGGUAAAAACAAAAAUCAGUUAUAUAAAAUAUACUGUUGCUUGGAAUGCCA